UCUGCCACCAAGACAGUCUGGGACCUCGUAAGAGGACUCCUUGGUGGCAGAUCGACAGAGAGGAGCGGCAAGCAGGGAGAAACUUUCUCCGGUACGGAUCUAGCCCUUUCUCCCAGACACCUGGGCUUCGUGGACCCCGGCACGUUCCAAAAAGAGGCCAAGGUUUGUGUCCAGUGCCAGAUGGGGCAAGAUUUGCUGCAGCAGACGGAGGUUGCAAUCUUUGACAUGCUUGCCUGGGAGUAAGUCCUCGUGACCCCAAGGAGUCUUGCUCAGGAUUACACAGCAACACAGGCAGGCUCGCCGGAGAGGCUCCUGAGCUUGGGCAAUGGAUUACUCGGCCAUGGGGGAGCAGGAACCUGCCCCCCAUUAUUUGGAGCCUUCUCCCUUGCAAGCCAGUGAGGAUCCAGAGCUCUUCUUCGCGGGAUCGGAGGGUGUGGAGUCUGGGGCUGGGCCCUCAUAUUUCUCUCGGAUGUCUGAACCGUACAGAAGUUCUCCAGUGCGCCAGUUGUAUCCAGUUCUCAAUGGUUUGCCCUGGGUGGAUGGACACCCUUACAGCACCGCAGCGUGGGCUUCUAGCUCAUCUGGGAAACCUCCCGCCGGACUUCCGAUCUACACAUCUGCUUCUGUGUCAUACCCGCCUCUCCAAGGCCCUCCUUCGCCCCAGGAGGUGACCCCCGAAGAGAAGGGGAGCCCCAGGUUCUUGGAGAUGUUGAAGACGGAGAGGAUGAGUCCCACGCACACGGAGCUGCAGCCGCUGGGGAGUUCAACUGAAGCGGUCCAUGCCCCUUACAUGAUGGGGCAGGAGUACAGAUACUUCCAACCUGCUAGCAGCCCUCUGACAGCUGGAUACUCUCCCAAAUUGCGAGGGCCAAUGCAGCUGUCCCCCAACGAGGCACGUGAGUGUGUGAACUGCGGGGCCACAGCCACGCCACUGUGGCGAAGAGAUGGCACCGGCCACUAUCUCUGUAAUGCUUGUGGAUUGUAUCACAAGAUGAAUGGGCAGAACCGGCCCCUCAUCCGGCCCAAGAAGCGCCUGAUUGUCAGCAAGCGGGCAGGGACCCAGUGCAGUAACUGCCAAACCACGACUACCACACUCUGGCGCCGCAACGUGAAUGGAGAACCCGUAUGCAACGCCUGCGGCCUCUACUUCAAGCUGCACAAUGUGAAUCGUCCCCCCCCAAGUAAAUGCGCGAAGGACUUUAAUCCAGACUCGAAUCGUGGGUCUCUUCCUGCUGAAGUCGAAGGAAGCCGGCUAGCGGGAAAUUCUGGGGACCUGGCAAUGGCCUUAACCCCUUCCUUAGAGCUGCUGCCACCUCCCCUAACGGGAGAUGAAGCUGCUGCCCUCUAUGCCUUCAACCCCAUGAUGCUGCCAGGACAACUGCUCCCUUUCGGACCCAACCCUCACCUCCUAGGGUCUCCCCCUGGCUUUGCUCCCCAGUCUCCUUCUGUCCCACACAACUCCUCUGGGGUUGUCUCUGCGCUGGUGUAAAGGCUUCUCUAACCGCAAACAGCUAUGUUCAGCGACUGUGGGACAGCAUCAUUAAGGCAGGAGGACUUUACUUGACGGAUAAUCUUUGGGAUCAGACACAUGAACGGCACGCAGUCCAGAUUCCCUCCGCUUAUCAGAGAAGAGAGAGAUCUUCACGCAGUUAAGGCUAGUAAAACUGUUCCUGGAUUGAACCGCUUCCAGUGGUGGAGGAGGGGGAAGUCACAUGGCUGAAUUCUUCCCCAUGGAAGGAAGAAAUCCCUCUCCCUAUAAAACUGGUAUGUUAUGGGAAAGGCCAGGAUAGAGGUUUGUUCCUGACAUUUAAUUUUUUUAUCAGCUGGGAGAUCACACCUCUCUUGUAGGAAGUAGCACAGUCCAGGAACAUCUUUGCCAUCACCUGUGAACGGGUGCACGGACAAAAGCAAGCGAUCCAUCUAGCUGCCUGUAUACACUUGUAUAUCCAGCUUCAUAUGCUCCCCUUUCCCUAAACCCCCCCUUCACAGAAUAGGACCAGCAGGUGUCCUAUUCUGCAGAGCUGCGUGUCCAUUCCCAUGAGAACUCUUGGAGAUGUGAAGCUGGGUAGAGCCUUCGAGGCUUGCUUUUCCAGUCCAGGCUCUUCUUUAAGACUUCGGCCCUUUCCGCCCAGAUCCCCUAAAACAUUUGUAAAAUGUUUCAACCCCCCCCCCCUUUUGUUCAGACUCACCCUCUUGAAAUAAUUGCUGGCUGCCAUUUUCUAUUUGGCCCUGUUUUUUCCCCAGUGUGCAGACAAAGCAGUGCUUCUGUGCUUCACAACCUCCUGCUGCAGUUCCCAGAGUCUUCUGAAGUUGAUGCUGGGAAGAUUCCGCCCCCCGCCCCCCAAUCUCAAAAAUGCUCUGGAAUUGCUCCAAAAAGAGGGCAAAGGGCUUCUGCAGGCAAGAACUCAAAAUGGCGUCGUAAGGGACAGCAUACAAAUGAAGACUUUUAAAAAAUGUUUCAUCCAAAAAAAUUGCUAGACAGGAGGAUGCAUAUAAAAUGUUUUGAGGCUACAACUGAAACAUUUCUGGGGGGGAAUGCAGAAUUCCUUGGACGAAAUGAGCAAAUAAACAGGCGAGGGCGAACAGAGAGUGAGUUCAAGAAAAUGGUGCUGGUGAGGAAGUUCAGGGAAGACAGAGAGGUAUGGAAAACGUUUUAAAGAAUAUGCACAGCAGGGAAGCCAUUUUGAAAACGUUUCAGCCUCAAUAAUUGUUUUAAAAAGGGAUUUAUUUAAAACUUUUUGAGGCAGGAAAUAAAAUGUUUCGGGAACCAAAGGCAGUGAAAACAAUG